AUGCUCCCUAAUUUAGCGAAAUAGUAUUCAUUUACUCAGGAAGAAAUAAUUAUGCUCAAAAAUAGAUUUGAUAGACUUUGCGAUAGAGGAAUGAUGACAAAAUAACAAUUUAGAGAUUCAUUGGGAAUUCUGGGAUUAGAACAAUUCUUGGCUGAAAGAAUAUUUAAUUAAAUUGAUGGGAACAAGGAUGGAGUCAUAAUGUUUGAAGAUUUUGUUAAAUAUUUAAGUAUGCUACUAAAUGGGUCUACGAUCGAUAAAGCAUUAUGGAGUUUUGGAAUGUUAUCAAGUAAUUUGAGCAAGCUUAAUAGAUAGAUAAUAAGAGUAUAUUAGAAUUGGAGGACAUGGAAAAAAUGAUUUUUGAGAUCUGUUACUUGUGGAAUUCAAUAACAGGGUCGAAGUCAAUGCCCAAGAAAGAGUUGGUUUCUGAAAUAUUUCGAAUAUUUGAUAACGAUGAUGACGGCAUUGUUCAAUUUGAAGAGUUUCGAGUUGUUUACUAAGAAGGAGUGGAAUUGAUUGGAUGGUAUGAAUUUCUAAACAAUGAAGAUAUGAGUACAAAUAAAAUAAAGGAGGAAUGGGAGAAUGUAACAAAAAAUAAAUCAAGAAAAAAAAGAAUGACUUUAAUUAAUCGUUAAUUGGAUGAGUAGACUCCUUAAGAUCUUUUGAAUAGUCAAUUAAAAAUAUUGUAAUCAGAAAUAUAGGGGUGCAGUGAAUUAAUCAAAUAAGAAAAGGAGAAGGAAUAACAGUAAAAGUAAAUAAACUUUUUGGCUUCCUUUUAUUUUGAUGAUAAAUCAUAAAAAACUCAUGGUCCCAUUUUUAAUGAUGGGUAAGUUUAAAAGUUAUAUGGGGAUGAUGAUCCUGAUUAGAAUGAUGAGCCUUAUUUUAAAUAGUAUAAUCUGACUUCAACAAUCAACAAUGAUAGAUUUUAAAAUAACAUCAUGAAUAGAUUAAGGAAUUUGUUAAAAUUAACUGAGGACAUCAAAAAAUUGAACAACCAAUAAAUAGUGCCUAAAAUUCCAGAAUAAAGUGUGAUAAAGCAGUUUAAGAAAUCAUCUCGAUCCCCAUCUCCCAUAUCUGUUAAUUAGACAAUGGAUGAUAUUUAGUAAUAAUAGUAAGAGAAUGUUCGUAAGAAUUUAUCAAUUUAUUUUGGACAUGAAAAUUGGAAUUUGGUUUUGAAUAUGAUGAUUGGGAUACGUAAAGCAAUAAAAUCAUUACAUCCAUUGACAGAUGAUAUCUUAAUUACUGCUGCACAUUUUGAAGUGAAAAAUCAGUUUGAAAUAAUUCCAAAGAGGACUUAAGUAUGAUUUUUCUUUAUUAAGGGAAUUUGAUUGGAAGAAAUCUUGUUCAUUUUAUGAAUAUUCUCCUUUGAUUUUUGAAAGAAUAAGAAAGAUGUAUGGGAUAUCAAAUGAUGAUUUCUUGAGAUCAAUAGGACCUGAACAAUUAUUGGGAGACUUGAUUUUUGGCAAUUUAGCCUCAUUAACAGAGAAGGUUUCAAGUGGAAAAAGUGGUAGUUUUUUUUAUUAUUCUUUUGAUGACAAAUACAUGUUGAAGACUAUAUAGAAGGAUGAAUUUGUAUUCUUCAAAAGUUUAAUAAAAAAUUAUUAUUAGCAUUUAUUAGAUAACUAUCAUUCAAUGAUUAUUAAAAUAUUUGGACUUUAUUAAAUUAAAGUCAACAAAAGCAAAACUAAGUACUAAAAAAUAUAUUUUGUUGUGAUGCUUAACAUAUUCUAUACUAAUGAGGACAUCAAUUUUAGAUAUGACUUGAAAGGGUCACUUUAUUAGAGAACAUCAAGAGUAAAGGGUUAAGCUUCACUGGAUCAAAAUAUACCUUUGAAGGACUUAGAUUGGUUGGAGGAUAAGCAACAAAUUUAGUUUGAUCAAAAGACUUUAGAACUCUUUAAAACUUAGUUAAUAAAGGAUGUAAAUUUCUUUAAAUAAAAUAAAAUAAUUGAUUAUAGUUUCUUGAUUGGAAUCGUGGAUAAUUAUAGAAUGAACAAUGAUAAUGUGUAAACUCAAUGCAGAUUUUAUGAAAGGUGGAAUGGAGGAUGUAUUACGAGGGAUCAAAAAAGGUUGUAUUAUUUCGGCAUAAUUGAUAUUUUCACUGAGUACAACAACAAAAAGCAAUUGGAGCACAAGGUGAAAAGUACUUUUGUUAGCAAAGAUGUGUCUUGCAUUCCUCCUGAGAGUUAUGCUGACAGAUUUAUUAAAUUUAUUUUGCAUUCAUUAAAGUGA